AUGCACUUCUCCACACCCACCAUUAUCGCGCUAUUGAGCGCUACCCUUGCCGUUGCCGCACCCACCGCUUCCGACUACAAGACGGACUGCCAGAAUGACUGGGCGGACAAGUGGGACAACGACUCCUGGGAGAAGGACGAGAAGCUUUUCUACUUCGACGCCGAGUACAUCGUCAAGGCCACCCCCGACCAAGUGAUUGCCACUAACGGCACUGCCGUUCCCGGCCAGCCCGGCGCUCGCGGUAUCUUCAAAUACGGCAUCAAUGUCGCUGAGAACACCAUCUGCUACAACAUCACCCUAAGCGGUGUCACUGGCAACUACUCCUCCGCCGCCGUCACCGCCACGCACAUCCACGAGGCGGUCAAGGGCAAGUCCGGCCCACCUCGUCUGGCUUUCCCCAACCCCACCGGACCAGACAGCCGCCGCACCUCAUACGGCUGCCUCAAGGGCCCCUUCUUCGUCGGCAUCAACAACAAUGCCACUCCUCCUGCUGACCAGGCUGCUGGCUUCCACGUCCGCCAAAUCGUUGCCAACCCCUCUGGUUUCUUCACCGACUCGCACACUGCCAUGUUCACCGCCGGUGCCGUCCGUGGCCAGCUCCACUAG